ACGAGAUCAGGAGCUCCGACCCAAAUUAAGAGACCCGAAUCUGGUAAACCCGGCUCCGGUUAACUGUUAUAUCCCUUUGACUAUAGCAAAGGCCAAAACCCUUUCGACAAAAACGAAGACUUUAAGCUAAACAGAACGCGAAACUAGAUCGGAAGCUAUGGCGGAUUUGGAAGAUGUUCAGACCGUGGAUCUCAUGUCCGAGCUUCUCCGCCGUCUCAAAUGUUCACAAAAGCCCGACAAACGCCUCAUCUUCAUAGGACCUCCAGGGUCAGGGAAAGGUACUCAAUCUCCAAUAGUGAAGGAUGAGUUUUGCUUGUGUCAUCUAUCCACUGGAGAUAUGUUGAGAGCUGCUGUUGCUUCCAAGACCCCUCUUGGUCUCAAGGCCAAAGAAGCUAUGGACAAGGGAGCGCUUGUUACUGAUGAAUUGGUGGUUGGUAUAAUUGAUGAAGCCAUGAACAAGCCAAAAUGUCAGAAAGGUUUUAUCCUUGAUGGGUUUCCCAGGACUGUUGCUCAGGCAGAGAAGCUAGACGAGAUGCUUAAGAAGCGUGGAACUGGAAUCGACAAAGUUCUCAACUUUGCUAUCGAUGACUCAGUCCUGGAGGAAAGAAUAACCGGGAGAUGGAUCCACCCAUCCAGUGGCAGGAGUUACCACACCAAGUUUGCGCCUCCCAAAACCCCUGGAGUUGAUGAUAUUACCGGAGAACCUCUGAUCCAACGCAAAGAUGAUAACGCUGAGGUUCUAAGGUCAAGACUUGCUGCUUUCCACACUCAAACUGAACCGGUGAUUGACUACUACGCAAAGAAGGCUGUUCUUACAAACAUCAAAGCCGAGAAGGCUCCCCAAGAAGUUACAUCAGAGGUUCAGAAAGCAUUGUCCUGAUGAUGAAAGACUUGCUCAAGGCAUUAUUUUUCCUUCCAACAAGAGAGACACACUUCUAUAUAUCUACUCAUCUGCGGAAUGACAGUUCUUUUCUAGUCUUUUGUGCUUUGCCUUUUCGACUAAUUUUGAGAAUAAUAUUUACUUUUGAUCGGAACGGUCUUUGAAUAUUCUAAAUCUAUCUGCUGUCUGACAGCAUGAUUUGUUUCUUCUGCAUUGUAGCAAUCUCUUAACCUUC